CAAUUUUGCAUUCGCAUCUCAAUCGCAUCUUUAUUUACUUCUACAUCUUGCAUUAUUACGUAUUGAUUGAUUGCGCUCAUAUGUAUUUACGUAUCUCCCAAGUUUAGUUGGAUUUGUUGAAGUGUGGUAUUGAAGUUGAUUUGGUUGGUUGUUCACCUAUAUUCAAUAAGCUCACUGUACUGUUAAGCCGAGUUUUCGAAGCUCCAGAUUUUUACUAAAGGUUCUUCAAACUUGUGUGGAAUUUAAGCUCGUGAAGAAUGGCAGCAGUUAAAGGACUCGGUUGUGCGUCGAAUCUCAACGUGAAAAAUUGUACCUAUACAUGGACAAUCGACAACUAUUCGGUUCUUUCCGCAACACGAGAAAACUUUCGAUCUCCCCCUUUUUCAGCUGCUGGUGAUGAUUUCAAGUGGUGUUUGGAGCAUAAAAUCUCAUGGACGCAGAAUGAAGAUCAUGUUUCUUUUGUCUUGCUUCCUGUUUCUGACGAUGAUUUUAAAAAGUACAGUCCUGUAACUGGAAAUUUGAAAGCUUCAGUGAUUUAUACAAUGAAAGGCAUCAGUGAUCGUCUAACUAAAGAAGGUUCCUUCAAGAUUAUCUAUAAUGGAUCCCCUCGACGUUUUGAACUGCUUUUUUGUACACUUGCUAAAUGUAAGGAUAUUCUGGCAAGAGAUGAUAAAUUACAUGUUGUUUACCACCUGAAGUACUUGAAAACGAACGAUAUUUGUUCUGAUAAUUCUACUUUUUCGGACUCGGAUCUGUUUAAAACUAUCCAGUGCAGCCUUUCACGUGACCUCGAACAGAUUCUUAACGACGAUGAUGACUUCAGCGAUAUGACUAUUUCAGUUAAAGAUAAAAAUUACCUCGUUCAUAAAGCGAUCUUAGCUGCUCGCAGUUCGGUUUUCAGAGCCAUGUUCAAAAGCAAUAUGCAAGAAAGCCAAAAUAAUCACAUUACCAUUACAGAUAUCGAGCGAGAAACCUUUGAGGAAAUGUUGUACUACAUUUACACCGGAAAGGCACAAAAUUUAAACGAAUCGGCCUUCGAGUUAUUACCGGUGGCUGAUAAAUACGAUCUCAAAGGAUUGAGAAUCAUGUGCGAAAAAGUUUUGUACAAGAAAUUAGCCCCAGACAACGCACUCAAGAUUCUAAUAUUGGCAGAUAUGCAUCGUGCCAAAGAGUUGAAGACGCUCGCCAUCCGAUACAUUAAGCGAAAUGCUACCAAUGGCGAUGACUUCAAAAGCGAUGAAAUUUUGGAGGUUUUGAAAACGUCUCAUCCCGGGUUGAUGUGCGAUAUGCUGGCUGAAUUUUUGAAUAAGGAGUAAUGGAUUACAUAUUAUAUAAUAAUUAUAAGUAGGUAGGUAAGUACAAUCUACGAUUUUUACGUCUUGUAUUCUGAAUCGGCAGUGGUGUUGGGAAUGUAAAAUUUUGGUCAUGGAUUUAAAAAACGCUGAAGUUACAAAUGAUUUGAUCACUUUUCGUGUUUGAGUACUUAUUGAAAAUGUUGAAUGUUUUUUGUGAAAAAAUGGAAGAAUGGACAUUUUCAUGAUUAUAAAUGGGUGACAAAAAAGAAUCGGUUAUAUCGAUAUGUAGGUACGUAAUGUGUGAUUUUCAUUUUGAAGAUUCUCGUCAGAAAAAAAAAAUUCAAACAGAUGAAAUGUUUUUGGAGCGUUGAAUUUUAAGUAACGAGACCGACUCAUUUUUCUCAACCUCUUCCUGUUUCCCUUCGUGAGCGAUAUUCAGUUCUAAAAAAUGUGAUAAAUUUCAUGCUUCGUAAUGAUUUUGUGUUUAUUAAAUUUUGUCCAAAAUUUCUGCAAUUUUUUAUGCAUGUAUUUUAUCGAUUCAAUCAUAUGUACUCGUAUUUUGUUUGUAUGUAUAUUCUCUCGAAUUUAAUGUAUGAUACAAAUAUUUAUACUAAAGUACUUAAUAAUAUAGAUAGCUUUUUAUUCUACCUUUUUCCAGGAAUUUUGUUUCUAAAGUUACAUAUAAGCUACAAAUGUGCCAUUUUACUUCAGUAAUUAUACGUUUAUGUGGAAAAAUUCUUGUCAACAUUUCAUACAGCAUCUGAUGUUUCGUCACGUCUUUCUUUGAGCAUCACGAAAUGAAUUAAAUUGUUUUCAGUUUUUGACAACGAGACCUUGCAAAUGGUGUAUUUUUUGUAAAAUUUUUGACCCGCAUACAGGAUGACUAAAAAAUUUGCGAAGCACAUUUCUUCCUUUUUAUUCCAACAUGAAGGUUAUGUUCGCUUGAGAAGAAUUUGUCAACUUCCUGUCAUUUGAUAGAAAUUCUCAAUUCUGAGCAAAAUCGUUGAAAAUUUUCUCUUUUUACACAAAAAUUAUCCAAUAUGAUCGUGUUUUGACAGAAAUUACUAAAAGUAUUCAAAAAGUGCUUCUUUUGGCUAAAAUCGUAAAAAUCUUGCUUUUUGCCCGAAAUUGUCAAAAAUGUUUAUUUUUUCAAAAGUUUACAAAAAGUCUUGUGUUUUUUGCCAGAAAUUACUAUUGGGCGCUAUUGGCCCUCAAGACUGAUUUUUGGACAAAUUUUGUACAAAAAUUGUAGGGUAUGCAGGCGUUUGCAAGUCGGCAACAUUCGUAGAUGACCUUGCAACCUAUCAAAAGGGGUAAAAUUUUGAAAUGUUUUUAUGAACAAUUUCAGCUCAAAAUUUGGUCAUGAUUUUUUUUGCAUCUUUCAAAAAUGAGUCAAAUUUUGCGGGAAUUUUUCUAAUAUUUCGAUGUGUCAUUUUUUUGAACAUUUUUGAUGAAUUUUCAGCACAAAAUUUGAGAGGAGUAGGAUUGCCCUCACCGCUUAGGUGAUCAUUCGCGUAAUUUUCCCCUUACAAGAAGCUUCUGCAUAUGUUUCUAUAAUAGAGUCUGCGCUUUAUUCCAUAUACUGUAAGUAGGGUAACGUGAUAAAUUCUUCUAAACUUAUACGUGCGCUCAUAGGAUCCCUAAAUAACUGGAAGGAUCCCCCUAACUAUCGUAUGAUAAUACGAUCAGAUCAUUCGUUCCCGCCGAAUGAUCUAUUCUUUUGAUGAAUAUUUUCUAAGCACAAAGUUGCUUUGGCGAGCCACAAACUUUACUUGGUCUUGUAACUCCGCGGUAACUUGUUCCUCCUCAAAAUGAUGUGUGUUAGCUAUAUCGACACAAUGAAUGUGUGAGAACAAAUGGGGUUCUCCCCUGCUUGUCCUUUUUUAUGUUUUACCCACCUUCAGCGUGGUAAUUAGUGUUUCUCUGAACGUUUUAAUUAAUUAUUAUUAAAUACAGUUCUUUUGAAUACACUUCAAUUUUCUGGACAUCGAAAGUAUUUCUCGUCUAUACAUCGAGCCUAUAGAUAGAUGUUCCUACCUAUGCACCUAUAGUUUUGGUUAGUGCUUCAGAAGAGGUAGGAAAAAUGCAUAGUGUCCAAGUAAGUCUAAGGUAAUUAAUUAUAGAUAAAUCAUAAUUAAUUGAGAUGCAUAAAAUUAGUAAUUAUACACCUAGCAUCAGUGGCUGUAUAGGAGAUACUUAUUUUAUCUCAGACGAAAGACAUAGUUUCACCAUGUUUUAGUUAGAUUAGGGUAGCAAAAGUAGCACGUAAUCACUUGGGCUAAAACUCAAGUGGUUACAUGUAGAUUAAACUUUACUCGAUACGAGUGUGCACUCGUAUUGAAUUACAUAAUAAUACCUAGUUUUAAUUACCCUUUAUUAUUUUGUAUGUAUCUCGAUCGGUAUAUCAUUCAAUAAACAUAUCGAUUAGCAUGAA